UGUCUGUUGUGAGCUGUGAGUCAAUGGGCUGAGCCAGAGCUUCAGCUUCCUCUCUGUCUCAGUGCACUGCAGCCUGCUGCUGCCUGCCUGUAGACUUAUAGUGGCGCUCACUGCUCUGUGCUGCUCUGAUGCUCACCCACACACCCACAGCUGUUCAGCCUGGCUAGUCCCACAGAGAGAGAAGCAGAGAGGCAGUGUGUCUCCAAGUCUCUACAAAACAGAAUCAGAUCCUUCUCACGAGCCUCUGUGUCCACUGCUACUCCACUGACUGACACGGAGCUAUACUCUACCAGAGGAGGUGCUGUGAGUGGCUGGAGGUCGUCAUGGCAACCCAGAGACAUGUACCCAGUGACAGUCUGGCUAGAACAUUCAGGUCCUGUGCCAGAAACCCUAGUGAGGUCAUCUCCACUAGACUGAGAGACAUGCUCCACACCUUCAUCCAGCACUACCAGGAACCAUGGGAGGAGAACCGCAGCCUAGACAGAGAGAGAGGAGUGAAGUUCUCCAGCCAGACAGAGGCUUUGUACUACAGGGUUCUAGAGGCUGUCAUCAAUCAGGAGAGGAAGAGGCUGGAAGCCAAAGAACUUUUAGGCAUUCUGGAGCAUGAUCUGUUCCAGCGCUCUCUAGUGGCCUGUUGUCUGGAGAUGGUUAUCUUCUCCCAUCAGCCACCAGGCAGCUUCCCCCUGGUCAUUGACAUCUUUAGCCUGGCGCCAUACGACUUCUACAAGGUGAUAGAGCUGGUGCUGCGGGCUGAGGAGGGCUUGCUGCCAGCUGUGGUCAAGCAUCUGACCCAUAUAGAGGAGCAGGUCCUGGAGAGUCUGGCCUGGAGGAGAGACUCACCACUCUGGGACCAGAUCAGAGCUGCUAAGGGACAGGGACAGCUGCCUGCAUACCAUCAGGUGAUGCUCCCCCAAUACUCAGAGGACACAGACAAGAUGGCCAAGAUCCCUCCCACCCCUUCACACUUGACCCCAAGCCUUGUGAGUGGGAUCCAUGGAAAUGACCUGAACUCCCCGAUUACCCACCAUGAACGCUACAGCUCACCCCCUGCUGGCUCAAAGAUGGCCGCUUGCCCUACCACACCAGUCAGCCCAUCCCAGUCCUCCUCUGUCAUUGUUACUGGACAGACUGUAGUCACCAUGGCAUCAGCCACUGUCACCACCAACAAUGGCCAGUCAGUCACCAUACCGGUUCGAGGCAUUGCCAAUGACCGGGGAGGCAUCACAUUUACCCUCAGUGUUGUGGGUCAGGCCAUUCCUCCACAGCAGGUCUCCAGCACCUCUACCCAGCAGCCCCAGAACCCAGUCACACACAGACCUCAGAGUAAGGGCUCCAUCUCACUGUUCCUCCGCAAGGUCUACCACCUGGUGAGCAUGCGUCUGAGGGACAUCUGUGUUAAACUGGACAUCUGCGAGGCGCUGCGGCUGAAGAUCUGGACCUGCGUUGAACACUCCUUGGUCCACUGCACUGACCUCAUGCUAGACCGACACCUGGACCAAAUACUAAUGUGUGCCAUCUAUGUCAUGGCCAAGGUAACCAAAGUGGACAUGCCCUUCAAGCUCAUCCUGCAGUGCUACAAGACUCAGCCUCAAGCAAGCAACUGUGUAUUCAGAAGUGUUCUGAUCUCAGGGAGAAACACCAAGACCUCACAAAACUCUCCUGGAAGAUCCAACAGAGAAAACAUUGAUGUAGACCCCAGCAGUAGCUUGCUUACCUACCAGACCCCUCCCACCCAUCCUACAGGACUCAGAGCUCCCUGUAGACAGGACCAGGGGGAGAGAGGACACCUCAUCUAUUUCUACAACAUCGUCUAUGUCAAACAGAUGAAAGACUUUGCCCUCCGCUACACCUCCAGCUCUCUGACCAUAGCCGGGGUUGAAACCCCUCCCCUUUCGCCAUACCCCUGCCAGCGUAUUGGAUCAUUGCGCAGACUCCGCCCCUCCAACCACCAUUCGCUCUACAUCUCCCCCCACAAGCCCAGCACACACCCCUCCCCCUGCACUGGGUUCCUCUACUAUGUCAGCAGAAGCCCCUCAAAGCGUCUGAGAGAGAUCAAUGACAUGAUGAGGACAUUUCAGUCACGCACCAGGAAGCGCUGUGCAGCCCAGCUGCAGGAGGAUGGUGAGGAGGAGAGUGGGCCGCUUGUGAAGAGACCCUGUCAGGAUAGACCGUCAGACUGGCAGAGAAAGCUCAGGGACCUCGGUCAGGACUUCGACCAGGCACUGACCAGGGCCCAGAACCAGCAACAAGCCCAGACCAGGGCCAAGGCACAGCACCAGGCAACAGCACACAAGGGGAGAUGACAUCUCACUUUCUUUGACUUACCGUCAUGCUUCAUACUUCCAUCAUCAGUGUCUGUCGUCCAUAUUCUUCCAAUGAGUGUAGACCUGCAAGGAGAAUAGAUGCUGUGGAUCUACAAUGUUAGAAAGAAUUGGCAUCAUUAGCACUCAGCGAAGUUCUCUAAGUAAGCAAUAUUUAUGAUUAGAAAAGCUGAUUUGUAAUAAUAAUUAGGGUAUUGUAAUAAUCUGACUGUAACUAGGGCUCUGUAUCAAAUUUCAUAUUAAACACAUAAUAUACAGUAUAUACUUUAGUCCUCUGUGAACCAUGUCCUAGUUACCUAAGGAAGCAGUAAAGGAUUUGUGUUGGUACUGA